GGCGCACUUAGGGGUUGGCUGCACACUCUGGCCUGCUAAAGUUCUCGACGGGUGAGCAAGUCGUCGAGAGGAAGCGAAACAAGAAAGAGAAAAGAAGAAAAAAGGAAAGAGAGGAACGGCCAACGAGCCAAGACAUAUAUCUCCUCGCGACCGACUUCAGAACGUGCAGUGUACCGCCACUGCUCGAGACCUGCGCGCCGUCGACUCCAGACGACCGUGUCCCGCGGUAGAUAUCGUCGCCGUGCAAGAACUUACGUCAAGCGCCACCGCCAACAUGUCGAGCGCCACGACCCAGACCCACACUGAAGUAAAGAGUCACCGGGUGUUUGAGGGCUCCACUGCUGCUGACGUGCGGCGCCAGAUGGAUGAAUUCGCCAAGGAGUUCCCGGACUGUAUGCGCUACUUGGACGAUAUGUUCCCUGAACACAAGCUUCUCCCUUCUAGUGGUGGAACACCGAGACCCGAGCGCCAGCAGAGCAUCGUCAAGGAGGUGAAGGUGCUGCCCAGUGACGACAAGGACAAGAUCUCCGUCGAGCUCGACGUCGAGGGUUUCAAGGCAGACGAUAUCUCGCUGAAGGCUGUUGGCCGCAACAUGACCAUCCGCGCCUUCAACGAGAAGACCGAGGGGGACACGACCGUCAGGCGCGAGCUCAAGAGGAACGUUGUGCUGCCCGAGGGCGUCGAUGUGGAGAAGAUCGCCUGCAAGCUGACGCCCGAAAACAAGCUCGUCGUGCAGAUCCCACUACCUGUGGAGAAGAGCCAGGGAAUCGAGUACCUCAUCCCCGUUCGCUGCGAGAUUGAGCGCAGCGUGAGCCGCGACAACUUCGGCGCCGGAGCCAAGGCCGUCGACCGAUGAACUGCAAGGAGCACGGCCAGAGAACGUCCGACAGACAGAUUUCGCCCACAAAUAGAUAAAAGCGACGCUCGAAAAAAAAUUCGUGCCUAAUUGUUGCUUUUGUCGUGAACCUUUCCAGUAUCUGCAUAUGCAUGCGCUCUAGAUGACCUAAACAACCGGGAUCGACUUUGUAUUUCAACGGUAAAGAGUAAAAGCUCAUUAGCGGCAACAGAAGUUUGUGCUUCCGUCGUCGCCAUUGUGCUACACCAUUUCUUUUUGUUGUUCUCUGGCAUAUUGCGUUCAUUAUUGUAGCUGCCAUUAUUCGUUGUCUGUUUUGGACAUCGAUGUACACUCGCGCCAAGUCUGUGAGAAAUGAAGUUGUUUAUUUACUCAUCGACACUGUGUUUAUGCCUAUGUCAAGGCUAUCCAGCAUUGUUGUUUGGUGUUCCUCUGAUUACAGUGCUGAACGUGUUCUUGUGAGUCAAUUGCAAACGGCGCUGUGUUGCUAUGAAGGGAAUCUCGUUGUUCUAACGGCUGCUUUGUUCAUUGUGCUUCAAGAGCUCGCCUCGUAAGAGAAGACCCUCAAACUGAAGUGUAGGCAAAAUAUUUACGAAUCCGAUGUCUGAAAAAAAAACCACCUAAAGAAACGUUCAUGUCAUACUGUUUAGCUUUGGGUCAACUACCAUCUUCCACGUCAAUGACUUCAUUUGUUCAGUCAACCGUAGGGCUGUUAAACGUAAGCAUUUCAUUUUUUUGGUUGCCGUUUGCUUUCUAACAUACAAUGCUUAUGACGACCUGACUACGCUGAUAGUGUAAACCACGCCCUUUUCAGAGGAAAUAAACAGAAACGCAUUAAA